AUGAGUGCGCUGGACACCGACUACGAGUCGUAUCCAGCACACACUCGUAUCCCAGACGAUGAACUCCUGGGGCUCUACAUUGAGCUCACCAUGAACGGCGAAUAUGACCUCUUGCCGUACGAAGAAGAAUGGCGAGACCGCGGACCUUUGCUUCAAUUUUACGGGUAUCAACUUCGCAAGAGAUAUGACAUGGAUUGGCGUCCAUCCUGGGAGGAUACAGACAUUAACCCAUUCUUUUGCGAAGAUUCCAUCGACUCGAGCACGCCAAACGUCAUGGACGCCAUCCGCAAAGACGACGGCCUGUCCGUAGCAAUCAAGGCAACCCUCGGCUGGACGAGAGAGGCCCAGAUUGCGUUUUUGUUCACCGACGGAAACGCGAUAGAAGAGCCGAGAAACCACUGCGUCCCCAUCCUCGACACUUUUAUCGAAGGCGAUAUUGUCUACAUCGUCAUGCCGCUGCUUCGCGCCUUUAAUGAUCCUCCCUUUGUCGCCGUAGCAGAGGUCGUCGAUUUUGUCGACCAACUCGUCCAGGGCAUCGAAUACAUGCAUGAACAAAACGUCGCCCACCGCGAUAUCACCCCCAGCAACAUUAUGAUGGAUGCCUCUCAGCUCUAUCCAGAGGGCUUUCACCCCGUUCGCCAAAACCUUUCGAGAAACGGGCUUGCCGAGGUGGUGGGCGUUAUGAGGAUGCACGCCCCCGUCCGUUACUAUCUGAUCGAUUUCGAUUCGGCAAUCGCGUUUGAAAAGGGUACGCCCUCGCGGGACAAGUAUGCAGAAGGCAAAGCGGGCAGUGAUGAAGACGUCCCCGAGUUCAAGGUCAACUCGCCCUAUGACCCCUUCAAGGUCGACAUCUUUCAGUUUGGAAACUUGUUGCGCAAAGAGUUCUUGCUGAAAUAUACUGGCGUCGAGUUCUUGUCGCCACUGGUCAAGGAAAUGACUCAGAUGCGCCCCUCAGAUCGACCAAACGCAAAGACUGUGCGCCUGCGCUUCAAUACGAUUCGCAACCGUUUGACGCAGAGCCAACUCCGCGCACACUUGAACCUGAAAGACUCAACCGAUCCGUUCCGCGAGCGGCUUCAUAGUCUGGGCAUUGAUUCUCUGCUCGAUAGCGACGCCGACGAUUCACCCGAGCAUUCCUCUUCCGAGGCUCCGACUACAGUCACCAGCACGCGAAGCCAUGACAGCUAUUGGUCGGGUGUGCAAAGUAUCGAUUCAUCCGUCACCUCGCAAGAAUCUGUCGAGCAAAACCCGACCCAGGGUCCGCUCUCCAUGAUUACGAACAUGUUCAGCCGGCCUAAAUCCCCUGUUCGGACAGAGUCUCAGGGAUUUGGUAUUCCGUGGCGGCCCACCAACCCUAGAUCGCCAUCACCCGAGCCCCAACUAGCGCCGCCACAGCCGAUUCCAGUACCAAAGGACUCGGCCCGCAACGGACGAUCGCCUAGCCCCGGCCGUCCCAAGACUGGCAAGUUCCCGUGGAGGCGGGACAACUCUCCCGAUUCCAUGUCCACCAGCCCUAUUUUGGCCGUCGUCAAUCAAUUUCUCGCGCCCGAAAAUUCUGUUUAUGCCGAUACUUAUGAUCCGACACCUAAUCGAUCGGGUGCAGAUACUAAAGAUCGCUAUGGCUGGGAUUAUGGAAUCACCAGCCCCCCACCGCCGCCAACCGCGGCACCGGCUAAAGUCUCCGCAACGCCUGCCCCAGCUCCAGCUCCAGCGCCAGCACCAGCACCGGCACCUGCCAAGCCGAGUCCAAAUGAGCUUGGAAAGAACCGACGCAACACCGUGAGCAAUGCAGCACCACCGCAACCCGCUGCAGCGUCGAAGCCUACGCCGCCGAUGAAGGCGACCAUCCCAGCAUCCAUGUUUGGAGAAUGGGAUAACCCAGAAACUUACUUUGAAAAGCCAGCCCCUUACUCGUCCAAUGCAAAGCAAGCAAAGUCUACCAGCACACUCCCUACCUUUUUCAACCCGACCAACCAAUCCGCGUGGGACGAGCCAGCCGUCAACGGCAGUUAUGAUAUGCCAGAGAUUGAAAUCGUUCCGGAGGAACCUCCCUUCUGGUCAGAGGCUGCUAUUCGCGCUCUGAACCAAGCACCACCUGCAAAGCCUAUGUCUACUAAGCCCAUGGAAGCAAAGGAGCCUGUUGUCGAGAAGAAGACAAAGACGGCCAAGUCCCCCCCGGCUACUCUCUCCAAAAAGUCUGCCAUCGCUGAGCCUAUCACUUCCCCAACAGACGGCUCGAUGAUUGCCAUGCUCCGCAAUAAUGUAGCAUCGGCAGUACGACCAUCUAUUGCACAUAUUGCGAACCGUAAGAGUACGAUUGCAGUCGAGGAUGGAACCCCGUUCAACACCCCUCCAAAGUCCAUUGCAAGACUUCCUAGUCCCCAACCCGCGUCACCACCAGCGCCCAAGACCAAGAAGACCAAGUCGAAGAAGGGUAGUAUCUCGGAGAUGCCCAAGGAGCCAGAGAAGGAGGAGGUCAAGGCCGAGAAACCAAAGUCGAAGAAGGAUGUGCCAAAGGCCGCCAGCCCCGUCGUAGACGAUGAGCCGACGAUGCCAGGAGCCUUUGGUUCCGUUGAGCCCAUCAGGAUGGGUCGUCGUGGGAGUGGAGCCAGCAAUACCUCUCGCCCAUCUUCGCCGUUCUCGAUGUUCCGUAGUAACCGAAGCAACAGCAUCUCGAAGAAGGAUGGUCCUCCGACGACGUCCAAGGCGAGCGCUGCAAAGCCAGGUUCCUUUAAGACUGGCGGUUUCAGCUGGGGGUCCAAGCCCAAGACAACGACACAGGUCGACAACACGGUUGAGCCCAUGAACUUUGGCUCUUCUUUCUCUGCAGGAGAUUGGGACAUGGGUGGUGCGUUUGCCAAGGUCGCUCCGACUCAGAGCGCCAUGUCUCCUCGAUCCGAGAAUGUUGGUAGCGAUUAUGAGACCCUCUCAUCUCCUGUCACGACUCCUCCUACCAAGUCGGGAUGGAAGUCCAAGACGUCCUACUUCCCAGAAGCAAAAGCCAGCUCGCCCAAAGAGGAGGAAGAGGACCUCGUGCAUCUCAAGGCGCAGAUGGAGGCCACACCCAAGGCGUCGCUCUACCUCGACAGCUUUAGCAAAGUCAUGCCGUCGUUUGGCUUUGGCGGAUUCUCCAAUAGUGACUUGAACUCGGCGGAUUUCUGGUCCAACCAAGCUGCUCAGCUACUCGCGAGUGAACCGGAGGAAGUGGAGAAUACGUUCAUCCCAGAGCCGACCCCCAUCGGCGCCAAACGUGGUGCAAAGCCCGCGUCAGAGGCUCCCAAGUUUGUCGACGUUGCUGAACCCAAGUCGUUCCCGGUCAAAGGAAAGAAGAUGCCGGCAAAGACACCCGCCAAGUCGCUCUUUGGUGCAGACUCGACGAUGGAGGACGACUCGUGGGGUUUUGGAUCGACCAUGCCGACGAGGAAGAAUGCCAAGCCUGCAGCCAGUGGCGGCUUUUCCAGCUGGUUCGGCAGUACGCAAGAGGACGCCGAAGAGGAAGAGGAAGUGACCGAGACCUACGUUCCGAUCGCUGAGCCCGAGCCCGAGCCAGCUACGUCCCCGGUCGAGGAUAGCUGGUUCUCGCAAGCCAAGCCAAAGGGGAAGAAGGGUGCUGCCAAAGUCGUUGCGCCAGCUGCUCCUUCCGUCUUUUCCAAGCCGGUGAUGGGCAAGAAGGAGCCGUUCAAGUUUGAGCCAGUCCCGACGGAGCAAGAUGAUUGGUUUGAGCCCAAGCCCAAGGGUGCGAAGAAUACCUCUCCAGUCGAGACGAAGCCAGUUGAGGAAGAAGACGACUGGUAUUCUCCUCCAGUCAAGGGCAAGGCGGCAAAGGGCAUGAAGAAGGCUCAGGAGGCCGAGGAGAAGGCUCCUGUUCCCACCGCCGCGUCUAAGACUACUCCAUUCGCGAGCAAGUGGGGUUCCUUUGGCAUGGACGAUGAGCCGAAGGCCACCGAGGAUGAUGAUGACCUCGCUGCGCAGCUUGCUGCCACACUAGACAAAGACGGCAAGGACGCAAAGGCUGUCGUCGCCGAGCCGGAAAAGGUUGAAGAGGCUCCUGCAAAGAAUGCCAUCAAGAAUAACAAUAAUGCCGCCAAGGGUGCAAAAGGCAAGAAAAAGGGCAAACGGUGA